GGGAGAGUGAGAGGGAGGGGAGAGUGAGAGAGGGGAGGGUGAGUGAGAGCGUGAGUGUGAGAGUGAGUGUGAGAGAGUGAGUGUGAGAGAGUGAGUGUGAGAGAGUGAGUGUGAGAGAGUGAGUGUGAGAGAGUGAGUGUGAGAGAGUGAGUGUGAGAGAGUGAGUGUGAGAGAGUGAGUGUGAGAGAGUGAGUGUGAGAGAGUGAGUGUGAGAGAGUGAGUGUGAGAGAGUGAGUGUGAGAGAGGGAGGGCAGAGUGAGUGAGAGGGGAGAGUGAGCGAGUGAGGGGAGCGUGAGUGAGAGCGUGAGGGUGAGAGAGGGAGGGGAGAGUGAGAGUGAUUGCGUGAGGUGAGUGUGAGAGAGCGUGAGGCAAGUGAGGGAGAUAGUGAAGGCAGUGAGGGAAGGGAGAGCGUGAGAGCGUGGGGGGCAGCGAGGCAGCUAGCGAGGGUUGCGUGACACGAGAGUGAGAGGGGAGUGCGUGAAGUGAGGUGCAGGAGGGGGCUGCCCCGUGUCGCCGUGGGGAGCAAGAGGAGGAUGGCGGGGGCGUGAGAGGCCGCGGAGGGAGGGCACCACAGAGCUGCCAACCCACGCGGAUUACUUCCACGUGUUCGUGCACAGGGAAGUCUACAGGAACCAGCCCACGUCCCCGUAAGUCCCGGUUCCCAUGGGGCAGCCGUGGGAGCCGCAGCGCCGGCAGGCCGCGGGGGCCCAGGUGGCGCUGCUCUUGGUGCUCGCUCUGGCGCUGGGGGGCGUCGGCGGCGCCGUGGUCCGCUCCCCCGUGCGCUGCCUCGUGGGCCUAGCGCUGGCGGUGGCGCUCACCCACGCGCUGCUGCUGCUGCUGCUCCUGUGCGUCGCCUCCCGCCGCCGCCACGCGUCCCGCAGGGCCACGCUGGCCGCCAAGGUGCGAGUAGCGAUGAAGAGCUGUGCGUACCUCGUGAUCUCUUGCCUGUUCUUCCAUGCGGUCACCAUUCUCUUUGGAGCACCAGUCAUUCACCUGGCCCUGGAGACGUCCGUGUUCUCGAUUCUGCUGACCACCUUCACGGCCCUGCCAUGCCUCUGCAUCCUCGGUCCCAACCUCUCCGCCUGGUUGCGCGUUUUCACCAGUAGCGGGGCGGCGUCUCCCUGGGAGCAGGGCCUGUGUGUGGGCGCCACGUGCACACUGACGGGCGCGUGGCUUGGGGCCCUGCCCAUUCCCCUGGACUGGGACCGGCCCUGGCAGGCCUGGCCCAUCACCUGUUCCAUGGGGGCUGUAUGCGGUUACGCACUGGGCCUCCUGCUGUCGCUGCUGAGACUCGUCAGGAACGGACCCGCAGUGGGGCACAAGAAGAAGCCCUUGUGAUGCCCACGUGUGCAGCGCCCAGCCUGGAAAGCAGCGUUUCUUAAUUCCAUUUCCGUUGUGUGUUUAUCGGGCGGCCGUGUGCCCUGGGUCUCGAGUGGUGUGCGCCUGGCCAGUGUCAAAGGGAAUGAUCGGUUCUGUCGGGAAUUGCCAGCACAGCUUUCUGUGAAACACAUUUGUCAACACCACGGUCUUAAAAGGAAAAAUACACGAGGCGACAUUUUGUGCAAUGGUACUUUUUCAUAGAUAAAUGCUAUAAUUUGAUGUGCUAUGUAAAGACCGGAAACAACACCAAUUUUAUUUUUUUCCCUUUUAAGGCCACGUUUUCUUUAUAAUUAUGUUGAGUUUUGUGUUUUAGGCAUAAACAAUUAAAAAAUAACAGGAACAAAAAUUGUGUUACAUAGUGUAAUUAAUGAGAUUGUGCGAAAAACACCAUUUGACAGGUUAUUGCUAAUUUAGCAAUAUUAAAAAAAUCUCUACAAGUCCAUCUCCGGUGUUAAUUUCUCUCUCACCUUAUGAAGAAAAAAAGAUUGACAUUGACUCUGCCUCUUUGUAUCUACAGUGUUGCCUGCCCUUGCUAUAUAAAUAAAAAAAACGUGG